UAGUACGUGGUAUAGAAUAUUCUAUAACGUUAGAGCGCCCGCGUACCGACACGUUGACGGCGUAUGUCUCGCGCUGCUAACGACGACGCUUGGACGUUCCUGCUUACCCGUCGCGAAUUAGAAAUCGAACUUAGCCGUAGGAAUCUUUCAAUUCGAGGAAUUACCCCGGUAUUGAGAGUUCGUUUAAUCAGGCAUUUACAGUUCGGACGUGGCGAAUUAUCGUCCCCAGGAACUCCCGAUCGUAUUAACUCAUCGAUAGACUUAUCGCCGAUUAAUAGAAUGUCGGAACCACAAGAAAAUAGUCCCGACGAGCAAGGAAGCUCGCCGCGUCGUGUUACGAUACAUCCCGCGCACGAAGGCGAUCCAAUGCGAACUCCUUCAUCGGGUAGGUCGACGGACCGCACUCUUAACGGAGACCGAACAUUAGCGCUAGACACCACCACUAUGACUACUGCAUAUAACGCUAUGAGGAAAUGGGAGUUGAAAUUCUCGGGAAAACGCGGUGAAGAUAUCGAGGAAUUUAUUACUCGCGUAGAGGAAGGUCGCGAAAUUAUCCCAGUAUCGGACGACGAUCUAUUACGAUGUAUGCCUCUUUUCCUAUCGGGUGUUGCCCUCUUAUGGUUCCGUGACGAACGCGAAUAUUUCCGCGAUUGGCCGGAUUUCGUAUCAGAGGCACGCGCUCGGUUCAGCGAUUCAGAUUUUCAGGUAGCCCUGCGGGAGGAAAUUGCUAGACGUACGCAAGGCAAGAACGAACCUAUUGCGGACUACCUUACGUGCAUCCGUGCAAUGUUUCGUCGAUUAGAUCCGCCCUGGACCGACCAGGAACAGGUUGCCUAUGCACACCGAAACCUCCUACCGCGUUACCAAGUAGCCAUCUCACCGCGCGAUGCUACCGACAUGCGAACUUUAACGAGUAUCGCGAAAUGCGUCGAACGAACUUUUUCUCUCUCGCGACAGUACCGUGAGCCUCCCUCGCCCGACCAGUCCCUUCUUCCGGCUUUAGCAUAUCGUGACGGAAAAGUUAAGCGUGACCACACACAAUCGGCUAUGGCAGCGUUAGAUCUAACGAAUCCGCCUCCUAAUCCCGUCCCGGAGGACGAACCUAGUACUUCUCGCGAUAAGUCCCGUUACGGAAAUUCGAAAAGUUAUCCCCGCGACUCGACUCGGCCCCGUGAUAGACGCGGUGCAAAUGGAAACAAUAAUAAAAGACCAGCAUCAUCGACGCCAGGCGGAAGUCGCGACAACCCACCGAAACGUUCGAGUAAUAGGGACCCUAGACGAUCGACGGCUUCCAAGCAGUCGACCACAGAUACCGAGGCUGACGCACACCGCGACCGCCACACGGUACUAGCGUUAGUCGACUCAGGUUCUAGUAGAACUUUUAUCGGGACGGAACUAGCCGAACUAUUGCGUAGUCAGAAUUAUUCGUUCAAAAGUAUCGAAAAGACACCGGUGAUAGUAGCCACAGGACAUUUAGAGGAGGUGAAGGAGCAGGUGGAGAUCCCGAUACAGCUCCACAAUCGUGAACAACUCGUGACAGCAAG